AUGGUAAACCUCCCUCCUUCGGGGCUCUCUCAACCUCUAUAUCCUUGGAUUCUGUGGAACCUAUGGCUUAGUAGGAACCAGAUUUUGUUUGAAGAUAAGAGGUUCUCUGAGAUUGAGACUACCAACAAAGCAAUCAAAGACUGCCGUGAAUGGCAAUUGGCUCAGCCCCUCAAGCCUCCGACAGCACCAAUAAAACCCCCUCUCCCUCCUCGCGCUCAAAACAAUCAUGAUCCUACAAAGAAUCAAACUGUAUGUUUCUCUGAUGGAGCUUGGGAGAGUGCGACUGGUCGGGGAGGAAUGGGAUGGAUCUUAAAAAACCAGACAGGACUGACGCUACUCCAAGGCUCUGGUCAUCGCCGGUAUAUUGCAUCAGCCUUGGUGGCGGAAGCACUGGCCAUGAAAGACUCCAUCUCCGCUGCUAUUAAUGUAGGUUUCAAAGACUUACUCUGUCUCACAGAUUGUAAAAGUCUCAUUGACAUGGUUAUAGGAAACUCCUCUGUAACAUCUAUCCAAGGCAUCCUCCACGACAUUGGCGUGAUGAGUCGAUCGUUGGAUUCUAUCUCCUUUUCCUUUAUCCCUCGCACUAGGAAUGAAGCUGCUGAUAGACUAGCUAAAGCAGCCCUUGUCGUUUCUGUUAUUGCACCUUUGGUGUAA